AAAACUCCUUUUCGAGGGCGGCGCCGCGACGGAGGAAUGGAGCGUGCGCAGGACUCGUCCCGGGGAGCGGAGCCUGCGCGGGACUCGGCGCCCGAGCUUCAGCGCUCAGUCGCCCAGCUUCUGCAGCGGCUCUCCCGCCCUGAGGCCCGGCCCGGCAUCGUCGGAAAUGGCGCCCUGGCCGACCUCGGUGCACUGCUGGAGGCCACGGAGUGCGACGCGCUCUUUGGGGCGGGUAGUGAGCCGCCCCGCGCCGUGUCCGAGCUCCUGGGGCAGCUGGCGAAAGCCCUGGAGAAAUGGGCCGCCCCGCCCGGGGAGGAGGCCUCUGCGGCGCGUGGGCUCGCGGACGUGGCCGAGCGGGCCGCCGCGGUCGGGGAGCUGAUGCUCCAGCUGCUGGGGAGGGUGGAGGCGGCCCCCGCCCGCGCGGCCGGCCUCCGCCCCCUGGCUGCACCCGUGUACGUUUUCGCCGCCACACACAGGCUGCAGCAGCCGUGGAGCAGCCCGCGGUCGCGGUGUGUCGCCGAGGAGGUGCUGUCCGCGCUGCUCCGAGUUGCCAAGUGCGGCUCUGUGGCGGGGUUCCUGUGCGGAGAAAGUGACGACGAGACCGGGCGGUUUGCUGCGGUGAUGGGGCUUCUCAGACCCCAUCUGAGCAAGGAGUCCUGGAAGAACAACCCUGCUGUCAGACAUGUUUUCUCAUGGACUUUGCAGCAGGUCACUCGGCCCUGGCUGAGCCAGCAUCUGGAGCGGGUCCUUCCCCCGUCCUUGCUCAUCUCAGAUGAUUAUCAAACCGAGAACAAAGUCCUGGGUGUGCAGUGCCUCCAUCACAUUGUGAUUAACGUGCCAGCUGCUGAUUUGUUGCAGUAUAACAGAGCCCAGGUCCUGUACCACGCCCUUCUCAACCACCUGUACAUGCCAGAGCACCACCUCAUUCAGGCUGUGCUCCUGUGUCUGCUGGACUUGUUCCCUGUCCUGGAGAAAGCCGUGCACUGGAAGGGAGGUGGAGCUUGCGUCACCACACACUGCCAUGAAGUUCUGCAGCUGAUCCUCACCCACAUGGAGCCAGAGCACCGCCUUCUUUUACGUAGGACCUAUGCCAGAAACUUGCCAGCUUUUGUGAAGAAGCUGGAGAUCCUAACUGUCCGGCACUUGAAGAGGUUGGAGCGAGUCAUCAUUGGUUAUCUGGAGGUGUACGAUGGACCAGAAGAUGAGGCGAGGUUGAAGAUACUGGAAACACUGAAACUUGUCGUGCAGUAUACUUGGCCCAGAAUUUCCUGCAGACUUGUGGUCUUGCUGAAGGCUCUCCUGAAACUCAUAUGUGAUGUAGCGAGGGACAUGAGCCUCACACCUGACUCCACUAAGAAUGCCCUGCUCCAAGAGGCCACAGACUGCCUGAUUCUCCUAGACCACUGUUCUCAAGGACAAGUAAAAAGUCUUUUGGCCAGAAUUGUCCUAUCAUGUGAAGACAGCAUGGUGGUGAGCUGUGUCAGAAAAGUGCAGGCAGCUUCUGCAGGUGCUCCCUGCAGUGGGACUUCAGGGCCUUGUCGAAGGCAUGAAUGGGGAAGUUGUAGAUGUCGCCAUACUGAAGAGCAAACAAAAUGCCUUUAUGUUUGAGAAAUAUACUUUCUUACGUGUGUGUUUUGCCUGCAUGUAUGUGUAUCCUGUGUGUGCCCUGUGUGUGCCAGAGGACGACGGAAGAUCCUCUGGGACUGAAGUAACAGUUUUGAGCUGUUGGGAGCCAAACCUGGGUCUUGUGCAAGAACAACUGCUCUUACCUGCUGAGCCAUCUCUCCAGCAUACUGUUCUACAAACAUCUUAAUUUUGUCCUCUGUCCUCAGGGACUAAAUGAGAAAUUUUCUGUACUGUUUCCCAGCCUAGACUCAGCAGUGUAGCCUGUUUUGGACAUUUAAAUAAUCAGUGGUAGCUUCUAUGGAGGAGAGAACCAAGUGAUUUCACACUUAGUAGUUUAUGAACCCACAUGGCUUUGGAACACAUGUAAUUUUGCUUAAAAGGGGAAAUAAUAAUAAAGCAUGUUUUAAUCAUAUCUUUAUAAAUGACUCUUAAAUCUUAGUCAAAAGGCUGAGUAGUGAUGGCAUUUUGAUGAAUCUUCAAAGAUCAGAAUAACAUGCAGGGAAAGAAGAACCCCAUGGCCACGGUACUAGGAAGGGAGCUCAGUUGGUAAAGUGCUUGCAGCAUAUAUGAAGCCCUGGGUUCAGACCCCAGCACCACAUACACUUGAUAUG